AUGGUCAGUUUUAGUUGUGACGGUUGCGGAGACAUCGUAAAGAAGCCGAAGCUUCCACAACACUACAAUAAAUGCUGGUCUCCAUUUACAUGUCUUGACUGCAGUGUUCAAUUUUCAAGUCCUAAGGAAGCGCACUCUUCGUGCAUUACAGAGGAUGAGAAAUAUCAAAAGAGUUUAUACAAAGGGAAGAAGUCAGAACAACAGCCCACGCAGAAAAUUCCAGUCAGCGCCGAGGCUGUCGUGACCAAGCCGGCUAGUAAAGAAUCACAAGGAAAGGACAGUGUUACUUCCACGAAGCGAAAAGAAAAUGAGAAAAUGAUUUCCGAUGAUGCGAAAAAACAAGCCAAAAAGCAAAAGCGUGUGGAAGAUACCCCGGAACAGAAUAACAGGUCUCUCAAGAAGACUUUAACGCUUGAUACAAUCAAGUCUGUGGUAUCUGAAUUGACCGAGUCCAACGACGAAGUGGUACUGAAGGAUGUUAUAGAAAAGAUCGCUUCUAAGUAUCAUCUGGACUUCAAGGACGUCAAGAAACGUUUGCUUAAAAAGAUUCAUGUAUCAAAUGGCCAAAACGGAGCCGUUGUU